GUAAAUUACCGGUAAAAAACGCGUCAAUGACCAAGCCUGUUUUACCAUACCGGUCAGAAAAAUGCUGAUCUCUGAUUGGUUAAUACAUGUCCAAUCACAGUUUAGAAUUCCCAACGGCAUACAACUGUUUAUUUGUUCUAUCAGAUAAGGAUUUUCAUUGAGAACUUGGUGCAAUGGGGGAGAACAAAUCAAUAUAUAAACAUUUCUCUGCAUUACCUCUGCAACCUAACCAAAAAUUAAAAUCGUAUUCAUGUAACUAUUGCAAGAAAAAGUAUGCAGAAAACAUUACUCGCAUGCGAAAACAUCUUUAUCAAGAGUGUAGAAGUUGUCCUCAAGACUUACGGAAACUUUUAAAACCAUGUAAACCUCGUAAACGAAAUAAUUCUCAUCUAAACAGCACAGACGACUCAUUUACUAUUGAAGAUUUGAAUGAAGCAGACAAUAGAGCAAGUACUUCAAUGAUUUCAAAUGAAAAUUUACCAAAUAAUAUAAGUGUUUGUAGCAAUAACUAUAAAAAAAAUACAAUCGAUAGUUUUUGUGAUAAAAUGUCAAAAAAAGAUGAAGAUUCUCUACAAGAACUACUUGCAGAAGCGAUUUAUGCAUCUGGUACACCAUUAUGUAUAACAGAAAAUCCAUAUUGGCUAAAAUUUUUUAACGCAUUACGGCCUUCAUUUAAUUUGCCAUCAAGAAAUCAAAUAUCAAAUAAUCUUUUAGAUUCAGUAUUCGUUAGAACACAAAAUAUGGUUAAUGAAAAAAUUGAAUCUGCUACUACUGUUGGAGUGCAAUGUGACGCAUGGUCUAAUAUUCGCAAAGAAGGAAUCAUCAAUUUUAUUGUAACAACCCCAGCGCCAGUUUUUUUCAAAACAUUUCCAACUGGAACCGAAUCACAAACUGCCUUAUAUAUUUCUGAAAAAAUAGGAAGUGUUAUUGAUGCUUUGGGAAUUAAAAAAGUUAUCGGAAUUUGUACAGAUAAUUGUGCUGCAAUGAAAAGUGCUUGGACUUUGAUAGAUCAAAAGUAUAAUGUCGACAAAUUGUAUUGUUAUGGUUGUGCUGCUCACAUUCUUAACCUACUCAUGAAAGAUAUUGGUAGUCAAGCAACUGUUGAAACUUUGGUGACAAGUGCAACAGCUAUUGUAAAAGGAAUAAAAGAAGUACAAAUAAUGUCAGCGAUUUUCAAAGAAAUUCAAUCUCAAGAUGAACGUAGAGUAUUUAUUACCUUAAAAUUACCAGCUAAGACAAGAUUUGGAUCUACUAUAAUUAUGAUUGACAGUCUUUGUGUUAAUAAGCAUAAUCUUCAGGCUUUAGCAAUUUCUUCAAAGGCUAUUACAUUAUGGAAACCUGCUUCUCGUGCUCUUGUACUAAAUGAAGAAUUUUGGAAUAAUCUUCAACAAAUUCUUCAAUUGAUGAAACCGAUUGUAAAGUGGAUAAAUAUUUUAGAGGGUGAUAACCCUUUAAUAAAUAAAGUACCUGAAUGUUUUUAUGAUUUAUAUAAUCAUUUUAAUAAUGCAUUUAAUAAUAUUGGAAAUAUUUUUUCGGAAGAAGAAAAGCUGAGCAUAUAUACUUGUUUAGAAAAUCGUAAAACUAUGGCUCUACGGCCCAUACAUUAUGCAGCUAACUUACUUGAUCCUCAAUUAAGAGGAAAAAAUUUAAAUAGGUCAGAAAUGGUUGAAGCUCAUCAAUUAAUUAUAAAUCUUGGUGAUAAAUUAAAUCUAAAUAGUGAUAAGGUAUUAAAAGAUUUAACAGAUUAUGUGUUAGAAUCAAGUAUGUGGAGUUACGACUACGUUAAGCGAGCAAGUAUAAUCACUUCAGCAUGUCAAUGGUGGCAAAGUAUUUGCCAAAAAUCUUCGUUGAGCAAAAUAGCUGUGGCUAUAUUGACUUUACCUGCAACAUCAGCUGCAACCGAGCGUUCCUUUAGUACACAAGGAUGGAUUCAUUCAUCUAAAAGAAAUAAGUUAAGUAUCGAUAGAGCUGGAAAAAUAACAUACAUUGCAAGAAAUUUAAAAUUACUUAAUCCUUCACCAAAAAAUACAGAAGAAGAAUGGGAAGAAGAUGAGGAAAGUAAUAAAGGAGAGGAUGAAAUAAGUGAAAUUUGUGCUGAGCAUGAAGAAGUUGAAUUUUUAGAAGAAGAAUUUACUCAAGACUAAUUAGUGAUGUUGAUGGAAUUGAAUCAGUAUUAGACUUGUUAUUUCCUAAUGAAAUAUGUCAAUUAUUA